UAUAAACCUACAUUCAAAACUCUCUCUUCGUUUCUCUCUCUCUCUAAAAUUCAAAUUCUGUCACUCCGAUCCAAAUCCAAAUCCCAAGGACCCAAACCCUAUCUCUCUCUCUAGAACUCUCAGCUUCAUAGCAACGACAAUGAGGAAGGGCGCUAAGCGAAAGGCCGCCACCAAAGAUGGCGCCGACGCCUCCAAAGCUUCGUCUUCUUCGCAGGACAACCACAAGGAGGAGCAGCAGCAGCCGAAGCAGCAGAACACCAAAGCUCCUCGAGCCAAGCGCGUCAAGGCCGCCAAGCCGGAAGCCGAGCCGGAGUACUUCGAAGAUCAGCGCAGCUUGGAAGAUUUAUGGAAGGUGGCAUUCCCUGUUGGAACAGAGUGGGAUCAAUUGGACUCACUCUACCAAUUCAAGUGGGACUUCUCAAAUCUGGAAGAUGCAUUUGAAGAAGGAGGAAAGCUCCAUGGGGAGAAAGUUUAUCUUUUUGGCUGUACUGAGCCUCAAUUGGUCCCAUACAAGGGGGAGAACAAACUCAUCUGCAUACCUGUGGUGGUGGCUGUUGUUUCUCCUUUCCCACCUUCUGAUAAGAUAGGGAUUAACUCAGUUCAAAGAGAGGCUGAAGAAAUUAUUCCCAUGAAGGAAAUGAAAAUGGACUGGGUUCCAUAUAUACCUCUAGAAAAAAGAGACAGGCAAGUAGAGAGGCUGAAAUCUCAAAUAUAUAUCUUGGGCUGCACUCAGAGAAGGAGUGCUUUGAGACAUUUGAAGUUAGAUCGCCUUAAGAAAUAUGAAUACUGCUUGCCUUAUUUCUACCAGCCAUUCAAAGAAGAUGAAUUUGAACAAAGUACCGAGGUUCAAAUUAUGUACCCACUUGAACCACCGGUUGUUUGUUCAUUUGAUUGGGAAUUAGAUGAACUUGAGGAGUUCACUGACGAUUUGGUAAAGGAGGAGGCAUUGACUGAAGAUCAAAAGGAUGCCUUUAAGGAGUUUGUAAAAGAGAAAGUUCGAGAAGCCAAGAAAGCCAAUCGAGAGGCAAGGGAAGCCCGAAAAAAAGCCAUUGAGGAAAUGAGUGAAGAGACUAAAGCAGCAUUCGACAAAAUGAGGUUUUACAAGUUCUAUCCUGUCCAAACACCCGAUACACCAGACAUAUCAAAUGUGAAGGCUCCAUUCAUAAACAGAUAUUACGGAAAGGCUCACGAGGUUCUAUAAUCAAGCUCAUUGCAUAAUUGUAUUCGACAGAUGUUUGAAAUCUGAUUUUGCUUCCAAAAGGAGGGAAUCGCUCAAUCAAUGAUUUUGAUCAUCAUAUGCACUCAAAUUACAGGGCAUGCUCUUGGUGCCCUGACACAUCGUUUCUGCAUCAGUCAAGGUAUUGCAGGCAAAGACAUGUAAACUUGCAGUAGUAGAGUUUCCAGAUAAUUGAUUUAGUUAUUCAUGUUAGUAUAGAGGAAGAUCUGUAGUUGAGUUGAGGUGUCAAAAUUUUUGAAUGAGUUCUCUAGCUUCCGGUGUGGAAAUUCCCCGUUGCUUGAGUUUCUUCGGAGUUUCAUGUUUCGGAACUUUUUUGUACGAAUGGAAGUUGGAUUGUCAAACAUUAACGAAAUGUAGAACCAAUUUAAUAAUUUUAUGUAAUAAAAAACAUUGAUAAUCGUUUA